GCUGCUGCCCCUCGCCCGCUCCCCGCGGCCCGGCGCGGCCGCCGCCCAUGGAUUUCACCUAGCGCGGCGGCCAUGGCGGCGCAGUGCUGCUGCCGCAAGGCGCCCGGCGCCGAGGCCGCGCCCGCGCGUCCGCCGCCCGAGCCGCCGCCCGCCCUGGACGUGGCCUCGGCCUCCAGCGCGCAGCUCUUCCGCCUCCGCCACCUGCAGCUGGGCCUGGAGCUGCGGCCCGAGGCGCGCGAGCUGGCCGGCUGCCUGGUGCUCGAGCUGUGCGCGCGGCGACCCGCGCCCCGCGCGCUCGUGCUCGACGCGCACCCGGCCCUGCGCCUGCAUUCGGCCGCCUUCCGCCGCGCCCCCGCCGCCGCCGGCGAGCCACCCUGCGCCUUCGCCUUCGCUACACCCGGGCCGGGUCCCGCGCCGCCGCCCCCGCUGCCCGCCUUCCCCGAGGCGCCCGGCGCGGAGCCCGCAUGCUGCCCGCUGGCCUUCAGGGUGGACCCUUUCACGGACUACGGCUCCUCGCUCACCGUCACGCUGCCGCCUGAACUGCAGGCGCACCAGCCCUUCCAGGUCAUCCUGCGCUACACCUCGACCGACGCCCCCGCCAUCUGGUGGCUGGGCCCAGAGCUGACCUACGGCAGCGCCAAGCCCUUCGUCUUCACCCAGGGCCACUCCGUCUGCAACCGUUCCUUCUUCCCGUGCUUCGACACGCCUGCCGUCAAGUGCACCUACUCGGCCGUCGUCAAGGCCCCGUCGGGGGUGCAGGUGCUGAUGAGUGCCACACAGAGCACCUACGUGGAGGAGGAGGGCGUCUACCGCUUCCACAUGGAGCACCCCGUGCCCGCCUACCUCGUGGCCCUCGUGGCCGGGGACCUCCAGCCGGCAGACAUCGGGCCCAGGAGCCGCGUGUGGGCCGAGCCGUGCCUCCUGCCCACGGCCACCAGCAAGCUGUCGGGCGCGGUGGAGCAGUGGCUGAGCGCGGCCGAGCGCCUCUACGGGCCCUACCUGUGGGGCAGGUACGACAUCGUCUUCCUGCCCCCCUCCUUCCCCAUCGUGGCCAUGGAGAACCCCUGCCUCACCUUCAUCAUCUCCUCCAUCCUGGAGAGCGACGAGUUCCUGAUCAUCGACGUCAUCCACGAGGUGGCCCACAGCUGGUUCGGCAACGCCGUCACCAACGCCACGUGGGAGGAGAUGUGGCUGAGCGAGGGCCUGGCCACCUACGCGCAGCGCCGCAUCACCACCGAGACCUACGGUGCUGCUUUCACCUGUCUGGAGACAGCCUUCCGCCUGGACGCCCUGCACAGGCAGAUGAAGCUCCUCGGCGAGGACAGCCCAGUCAGCAAGCUGCAGGUCAAGCUGGAGCCAGGGGUGAACCCCAGCCACCUGAUGAACCUGUUCACUUACGAGAAGGGCUACUGCUUCGUGUACUACCUGUCCCAGCUCUGCGGGGAUCCCCAGCGCUUUGACAACUUUCUCCGAGCCUGCCGAGCCCUGCCCCUGCCCCAGCAGGCCUACGUGGAGAAGUACAAGUUCACCAGCGUGGUAGCCCAGGACCUGCUGGACUCCUUCCUGACCUUCUUCCCGGAGCUGAAGGAGCAGAGCGUGGACUGCCGAGCAGGGCUGGAGUUUGAGCGCUGGCUGAAUGCCACGGGCCCCCCGCUGGCCGAGCCAGACCUGUCUCAGGGAUCCAGCCUGACCCGGCCCGUGGAGGCCCUCUUCCAGCUGUGGACCGCGGAGCCCCUGGACCAGGCGGCCGCCUCCGCCAGCACCAUCGACAUCUCCAAGUGGAGGACCUUCCAGACAGCGCUUUUCCUGGACCGGCUCCUGGACGGGUCCCCGCUGCCCCAGGAGGUGGUGAUGAGCCUGUCCAAGUGCUACUCCUCCCUGCUGGACUCGAUGAACGCCGAGAUCCGCAUCCGCUGGCUGCAGAUCGUUGUCCGAAACGACUACUACCCCGAUCUCCACAGGGUCCGGCGCUUCCUUGAGAGCCAGAUGUCCCGCAUGUACACCAUCCCGCUGUAUGAGGACCUCUGCACCGGCGCCCUCAAGUCCUUCGCCCUGGAGGUCUUCUACCAGACGCAGGGCCGGCUGCACCCCAACUUGCGCCGGACCAUCCAGCAGAUCCUGUCCCAGGGCCUGGGCCCCGGCACAGAGCCCAGCGUGGAGCAAGGCGGGGCCGGAGCGGACUCGGAGGCGGACGCGGACGCGGACGCACCAGCCCUGCUGCUCGGGGACGAGGCCCCCGGCAGCACCAUCUCUCUCAGGGAUGUCAAUGUGUCUGCCUAGCUCUGACUUCUCGACACCACGAUUGUGCCUUCUGGGCCCCGGCCCACCAUGACCGCGCCUCAGCCUGGCCGGGAGCUCUGCCGGGCCCGCGCACCCCUCCUGCAGGCUCUCUGGGGGCCCCCCCAGGGCCGGCCGAGGCCCGGGGACCUGGUCCCCCCAGCCCUCUUGCACUGCAGGCCUGGAGCGGCCAGCACACGCCACAUCCUCCUGUCUCAACACUGACUGCCAGGCGCUGCCCCUGGGUCGAUUGCGACCACCACACCGUGCCUUACAUCUGCCGGGGGCUCGGGCCACGCUGUCCCCCCAGCGUGCUUCCUCCCCGCGGACCCCGCACCCCACCCCCGGGGAUGGCAGCCUCGGUUGGCCUCCGGCAGAGGACGCAGACAUGCCCUCCGUGUGGGGGACAAGGGACACCGAGGAGGGGGUGGAUGUCCCUGGGGAGGGGCCCCCCGGAAAGCCUUAGCUCCUCAGGGAACACGGGAUCCCAGGCCCCAGGGGGAGUGGGACGGGACAGUCCGUCUUGGGGCUGCCUGGGGCCAGUGCAGCAAUAACACACAGGGCGGGGCAGGCGGCGCUGGUGUUCUUUCUAGGCCCACCCUGCUGGAAGAGGCCUGGGGACCCCAGUGCUUAGGGCCGGGCCCCCCGGGGGACCACUGUGCAGGGUCACCGUGAUUGUCCCAUUAAACCUCCACUCUGCAAACUA